ACCAGCAGGGCUGGAUUAGAGGAGGGAAGUGCAAGAGGACUGUACACACAUGAGUAGGAGCACCGAGUGACUGUCUGACGAGCGGAACUGACACUGUGUGGACUGUACUGUGAAAAGCAGCAGAGUUAUGUACUGUGCUCAUCCUGUCUCAGGCGCAGGCAGCAAGUCACUGAUGUAUUGCUACAACAUGAAGCCCAUUUAUGGGCAGUCUCCCGGUAAUGACGACAUCAGCCAGAACUCAUCUUUAGAUCCGUCCAGCAAGGCCUCCAGCAAUGUGUUUGCCAGCACUUUUUUUGAGGGCGCAAGCAAUUUGCCCGACAUCUGGAAUGCAGUAAACGGGCUGAACCAGAAUGGCUAUGAAGGUGCACUGGGAGCAACCAGCAGCCACCAAACGCAGCCGGCGAACUACAGCAGUCUGCAGCCGCACGGCCACCUGGACUAUUCUCCACAUUCGGUGAUGGCUGCAGACACCAACAGGGCUCUCCCUCCCAUGUCGACUUUUCACCGCAACAAUGCAUCAUCACACGUCCCGUCGAUAAACACAACAGACAAUUCCGCAGGGAACCACACAAAUGUGUCAGGAGGGUCACAGACUGGCGAUACGUUAGGCAAAGCCUUGGCUUCUAUUUAUUCCCCCGAUCACACCAGCAGCAGCUUCCCUUCCAGCUCGUCCACGCCUGUGAGGUCCCCGUCCCCUCUGCCAAACGCCAGCGAACCCGCAGGAACCAAUAUGUGGCCCCGCAGCUCGGUACAGACACCUGUGUCACCACAUUAUGAGUCUUCACUUAUAUCCAUGUCUCAGAUAGAAGACAGACUGGACAGAUUGGACGAUGUGAUCCACGUUUUAAGGAACCAUGCCGUCGGUCCCAUACCCGGCCUGGCCGCUGAAAUCCACGGCCUGCUGAACCAGAAUCUCCAUGGCCGACCAAACCCCGCCGGCACGCUGCCGCUCACCUGCCACGCCCCAACUAUGGUGGGGACUGUCACCAUGAAUAACAACCACUCGGCCUUCCAGGGCCGCACACAAAAUGGACACCUGUACACCGCCAGACAGGUGACCACAGUGGAGCCAAUGACGGGAGGAUGCAGAGGGAGUUUGGGCAUUCCGGGGAAUGCGGAGCUGAAGAUGGAAAGCAGCGAGAGGGAAGACAUGAUGCACACCAGUCCCAGCUUUGACAGUCAAAGGUCAGAUGAGGAGAGCGAACUCAAGACGCAUGGAGACAACAGCACGAGGGACAGUAUCCACGAGGAUGAAGAUCUGAGUCCAGAGCAGAAGGCUGAGCGUGAGCGCGAGAGGAGGAUGGCCAACAACGCGCGGGAGCGUCUGCGUGUGCGUGACAUCAACGAGGCCUUCAAGGAGCUGGGCCACAUGUGUCAGCUGCACCUGAAGAGCGAGAAGCCGCAGACCAAGUUGCUGGUGCUGCACCAGGCUGUGGCCGUCAUCCUCAGCCUGGAACAGCAAGUCAGAGAGAGGAACCUCAACCCGAAAGCGGCGUGUCUGAGGAGGAGAGAGGAAGAGAAGGUGUCUGCUGUCAUGUCAGAUGCACAGUCCAUGCAUGUCGCAUUUCAUCCAGGUCUGACUGACCCUGCAAACCCAAUGGUCCAUCUCUGAGGCUCCAAGUAGUCAAACACCCGAUUAUCAAUGUGGACUUUAUGCUUCCAAAAAGGACCUUCAUGAUCCUUUUUUUUAUUAACAUUUGGUUGUUGACACAGUGUUCGAGGUGCACUAAAUUGUCUGUGGGAGAAUAUACAGUACACUCCUCACAAAAAGUGUGGGAUAAUUGGGCCUUUGGAUUACAUUUUAGGAUAAUCUAAAAUGCACUAUACAUUUUAUAGGUCAACUUCAUUUGACCUUCUCUAAACUUUCAAGUUCAACUUUCCGUUCAAUAUUUCAGUGCUUUUUGUAUAACUUGCUGUUCUUUUACAUGGAGCUAAACAGCGAAAGUCACUGUUUGAGCCUUGAGUCGACCAAUACAUUUCCUGGUUCGGUUAGAAUUGAAACAGUCCUUUUUAUAAUAUAUAAUAAGUAAACGCUGUGUCUCUGUCUCUAGCAAAAUUAGAAGCAGAGACUCUGAAGUGUUGACACAGUUGAACAAUCAUUCCCUCGCUUCUCCAGCACACUUCUUACUUUGUGCCUAAAACUACACAGUACUUCUAACAGACAAAUGCAUUGUACCUUGCAGAUGUUUUGUACACUUCUUUGGAAAUAUUUAUUAUGAAACACGGUUGUGGAGUGGUGUCAUCUGCAAGUUUGGCAGACAAUUUAACAGUGCAUCGCUAUCUCUCGCAGUCGCAGACAUGACAUUUCCACGUGUGCUCAGACAGCAGAUGUAUUAGUCGUGUGGUAUCGUGAGUGUGCAAGGUGCUGUGUGUGUGUGUGUGUGUGUGUCUGUGUGCGACUGUGUGUGUGUGUGUGUGUGUGUGUGUGUGUGUGUUUCAGGAGUUGGACCAUUCUGUGAAUGAACAGAUCUCCAAGAAUGUUUUAAUUAGCAUCUAUUGAAGCUGUUCUUUUAUUUUUAUGUUUAGCACUGUUACAAAAACAACACUGGUGGACAAAAACAAAACACUUGUCACAGAUGUCAUGCAUUUUCAGAUCUAGCCAAAUGUUUUGUUUUUUUUGCAUGUUUAGGAUGUUGAAUUUUUUUCUAAGUUAUGUAACUUAUCUUUUAUACAAAUGUAUGUAAACGCUUUUCUCGCUCUGAUUUUACAAAGGAAACAUUUUCUUUGCAUGUUUCAGACACAAUUCAUGUUUUGAGCAAUAUGUUAAGGCAAAAUGCUGUUUAUUUGUUUUUUUCUGAACAAAUCUGACAUAGUCAUAAAAAGUACUGCUAUCAUAACAUGUACAGUAUGUGUACAGUUGAAAGUAGCCUAACGGCUUGUGUCUGCAUAUAGCAAUACAUGUUUUUGAGUUCUUCA